CUCACGUAAAAGCAAAGCAGAACUUUGGUCGACGAAAUUUUAUGUGCAGAGUUUGACUUGAUGAUGUGAACGUUUCGGAUAAAAACGAAACUUGCACGACGAAAGCAAAUGGCAGAAUAAUAAUUGUUUUGUAUCAUUUUUCAGUCUUUAAAAUGGAAGUCAAAACUUCGACAAACUUUGAAUCAAAGUUAGAAACUGCCGACUAUAUGAAGAAAGAGAGUCGAAUUCAUUGUCCAAUUGUGAUGCCAAAAAAUCCAAAAUUGAUCAGAGGCGAUCUUUUGCCUGAGAAGCAAGCACCUUCAGCAUAUCUUGCUGAAAUGCAACAGACAACGGAGGAAAAACUAAAGCAGACACACGAGAUGCGACUACCAAAAAUUAUCGAGCUUCUUGACAUGUCUGAGACCACUCAUAAGAAGUUUACAUCUUUGAACAUAGACGAGCCCAUGUUUCAACCAUUUCCAUCUGACAUCGUGUUUCAAAACUACGAACCUUAUGAAACAUAUCAAGUUCCUUUGAGGCUCAGAAAUAACGAUAAAGUUGCUCGCUUGAUAAAGGUGACUGGGACUGACUCUCCUUAUUUCAAAGUGAUCAGUCCGAAUGACGUCGGUCAUAAAGUAGCUCCUGGUAUGGAUAAAGUGUUUAUGGUACAGUUUACAGCUGAUCAAAAAAAGGAUUAUCAUCAUGAACUGAUAUGUAUUACGGAAAGAGAGAAAUUUCUUGUUCCUGUAAAAGCAAUAGGAGGCCGCGCCAUCAUAGAUUUUCCCGAUGCUGUGAAUUUCGGCAGUUGUCCCGUGAAAGAUCUCACCACGAAGACCUUGUUUGUCAGGAAUAUUGGAAACAGAGUAGCAAAAUUUUCUCUCUCUUUGAACAGCCCGUUUUCAGUAAAGCCAGACGAAGGUAUUUUGGCUGUCGGAGAAAGCAUGCAGAUUCAUGUUGAGUUUAAAGCUUUAAAAACUGGAGAUUACGACUGCAACAUGAUUUUACAUUACGAUACAGGUGAAGAUGUGUACAUCUCUCUCUAUGGUGCUGCCUUGGACAUGAAUGUACGUUUGGAUAAAAAUACUUUAAAACUCGAGAACACUUUUAUAUCGCGUUCAUCUCAAAGGACGGUUUUAAUACAAAACAGAAGCGAUCAUAUCGUUAAUUUCCGCUGGACGAGAUUUGCCACACUUACAGAAGAACUACAGCACAAGGAGAGAUGUAAGAUGGAUUUGAGACGAGAAGAGGAAAUGGAAAAGGAAGUUUUUCUUAUGGAAUGCGCGCAAGAUGUGACUAUCUGCGAUCAGAUAUCGAUUCUUCAACGUUCUUUUCAAACUAGGAAAGAGAUUGUUGACGCGGACAAACUGAUUUACAUAGAUGACGUUCUUAAAGUUCUACCUUAUCAAGGUGUCAUUUGGCCAAACUCUUCAAUGGAAAUAGAUAUUUCUUUUUCUCCUUUGGAAGCCCAGAGCUAUGCAAGAACUAUGUACUGUGACGUAUCGGGAAGAGAAUCCAGGCUUCCUUUGAGGAUAAGAGGGGAGGGCAUAGGACCUCGAGUAAUGUUUUCAUUGGAUUCGCUGGAUAUCGGAAAUAUUUUUGUAAACUCAAAGCAUUCAUACGAGAUUGUCCUUGCAAACAAAGGAGACAUCGAUGCCGUGUUUUCAUAUCUCGAUUCUCAAUCUAUGUUUGGUCCUCUUUUUAAAUUUCUACCUUCUCAAGGAAUAGUACGACCCGGUGGUUAUCAAGCAAUUAAGAUCGACUUCUGUUCACAAAUCCUUGGCAAUUUAAGCGAAGAUUUCUUCUGGUCAAUUGAAGGAUCUUCCGAGAAACUUGUGUUCUCUGUCCAUGGGCGAGUCAUUGGUCCAACAUUUCAUUUUGACGUUAUGAAAAUUGAUUUUGGUGUUGUUUCCUAUGGUUUUUCGUACACAAAGAAGUGUUCACUAAUCAACACAUCGCUGAUUCCUAUGACAUUUACACUACGGGUCCCUGCUAGUGAUGUCAAUGAGCUACAUACCGAGGAUAACGGUACACUGCCACACAGACAUAAAGAGUUCAAUAUCACUCCUGUCACUGCUACGCUUGCACCACGUAGCAGUCAAGGAAUUAAGAUUGAGUUGAUAUCAACUAUAGUGAAGAAGCACAUCGUGUCUUUGGUCGUUGAUGUAGAAGGUGUUGGAAAGGAGAUAGCAUCUUUGCCGAUGCUGGCAAAAUGUAUUGUUCCCGCCAUUAACAUUCUCACCCCGUUAUUGGAUUUUGGAAAAUGUUUCGUUGGACAUCCUUACGAGAUGACAGUGGAGUUGAUGAACGACUCAGAUCUUCCUGCAAGAUAUGAACUUACUUCACAGGUGGGGGAAAAUUCCAGCAGGAUUCGUUUUUCAAGUCCCGAAGCAAAGGGCUUACUCCAUCCACGCGUUGUCAGUACGGUACCUUUGCAAAUCAUCGCUGAAAAACUGGAGGAAAAUCACACUGUCGCUUACAUUUUGAUUCAGGGCAGCAGCAAAGCACCUCUUGAGGUCCAAAUUCGUUGUUUUGGUGAAGGGCCGGUCGUUCAAGUCACUCCAUUUGAAUUAGACUGGGGAAAUAUUCCCGUUUUGUUAGAUGUGGAACGUUAUCUUACCUUAUCUAACGAGUCGUUGAUACCAGCAAAGUUCAUUUGCUCUACGGCGCGAGAAAAAUCGUCAUUUUCUAUCAAACCACGUGAAGGCGUUGUGCCCCCGGAGGAAGACAUAAAAAUCACCAUAGUUGCUAAUGUUGAUGAUUGUAUGAGAUUUCAAGACAAAGUCGUCAUCACCAUUGGAGAAAAUCGACUUGGCUCCAUUAACGUGAUCGCGCACGGCAUGGGAACGACUAUCGUUUCUGAUCCUCCAAUAGUUCCCGUGGUAAAUUUCGGGCCCCAGUUCAGUCACAGUUCUUGUUGCAAGACGUUUACGUUGACCAAUAAUGGCCGUAGAUCUCAGCAACUCUACUGGAUGACCGAAGGUUUCUCAAAUUACAAAGCGAAGUUGAAUAAAGAGCGACGUGCGAAGAAGUCGGAGAAACUCAAAGAAAGUAGUUCGUCUACGCCGUCAUCCCCUGGUCCCGUAUUCAAACUUGCUCCAGAAAGAUUAUCCCUUCAUCCAGGGCAGAGUGGAAAGCUCAAAUUGGAAGGCUUCUCCAUGACGUCAAUGGUGACAUUGGACGUGAAGAAAAGUAUUCGAGUCGUGGUUGAAUUCGAUCCAGCGUUUGAGAAUAACGCCUUUUCGAGAACAGCACGUGGACAGCUCAUGGUCACUUACAAAGGUCAUCCACAUAAGGAUUAUCUGGAACUGAAUGGAGGCGUGUAUUAUCCAAAUCUUACGUUUGAAACGGAUGAGGUGAAUUUUGGUUGUAUACUGAACGAUACCGAAGUGAUACAAAGUGUCCUUGUAACUAACAACAGUCCAAUGGACGUUAAAUAUCAUUGGUCGUUUGUAGAUAGUGAUCUACACAUCGAGGAAUUUGUCACUCGCAAUGAGAAAAAAGCCGUCGUUGAGAAUGAAGAAGUUCUUGGUUUUUCUCCAGAAACUGAGGAAGAAAUGAAUGUGAUGUCGCCGCCUGAGAACGAGGCAAAUGAUCAAGAUGAAAACGUUGCCCUAAAAACGGAGAUUCGCGUGCUUUCAACUGACUUAGGAAUUCAAGAGGUAUUUGACAUUUUGCCUCUGUACGGAACGCUUAAGCCGAACGAAAGUCAUCAUGUACAAUUCACGUUCUACGGUCAUUCGGGUGUACACUCAAAGGCGAUUGCACGCUGCUCUGUUAUUGGUGGACCUGAAUAUGACGUACUACUAGAAGGAAGCGCUUCGCUCGCGUCUUAUUUCUUUAACAGAAAGAAUGUUAAUUUUGGAAAACAGUUGUAUGACCAGUUGACAGUUUCUGAAAUCAGUUUGUACAAUUCUGGUAGAGUUGGUCUUGACUUCGUAACGUGCAUUGACCAAACAUUGUCAAAUUCUGGUUGCUCAAAGGUAAUUGUAAAACCCGACCGUGGUCACGUAAAAGCUUUACAAAGACAGACUAUCGUUAUCAAGUAUUUACCUGGUGUUCCUGCUGUGUUUCAAAAACGUUUCACGAUUCGCGUUGGCCAUUUUAAACCGGAAGUGAUCACGCUAACUGGAGAGGGCGUGUUUCCAAGAAUUACUCUCGACCUACCGCGUGAUACGGAAAUCGUCGGUUAUAGAAACCUGCUGAACACUGCAAAACAAAACUUGGCUUGUCGCACAAACAUUUGCAGUAACGAAAUUUUCUUGGAAAAUCCUGAGGAUGGCAAUACUGCAAUGGACGAGUUGCUAGAGGUUGAGAGAUUACAAGUUAUCGAGUUUGUCAAUCAGCAACAGAAAGAUUCCAAGAAUGGUGUAAGCUCAAUUGGUGGUGCGCAGAAGAGAAGCGGAGCGAAGAAAUUGAAAUCCAAGGCCCAGCUUCUUGAUUAUGUUCUCGAUUUUGGUUUUGUAAUUUGCGGCACCACAAGGGAACACACGAUCCAUGCUACGAAUUGUGGGUAUUUCCCGGCAUCCUUCAGUGCAGAUAAGCAAGCACUGUACAACUCAGGUUUUUCUAUCCAUAUGGACCGCGUCAAGAACCUGCCUGGAUUUCCUGAUCCGGAGACAAUCACCAUCACCAUUGUCUUUGAUCCGAGGUCCACCAAUGUUCCUCAAGGUCCUGUAAGAACCCGCGUUGCUAUCAAUAUUUUUAACGGUCCUAUAAUUGGCAUCGUAUUGAAAGCGAUUGUUGUCAUGCCUGACUUGGGUUUAUCGACAAACAUUCUUGACUUCGGUAACGUCCAAUGUGGACAGUGCAAACUGAUGACAUUACAGCUAUUUAAUGACCAGCAAGUCAGUUGCCAUUGGUCGUCCGAGUCUUUAGGAGGAAAGAAAAAAAAGGUGGAAAAACCACCCCCCCUUCAUUUGCGUAAAAGAACAAAAGCGGAGCUACCAAAACCCAAACAUUUCGAACUUAUGCCAGAAUAUGGAAUAUUAGCUCCCGGGCAAAGAAUCAACAUUCAAGUGAAAUUCAUGCCUUCUGAAGAGUCCAUCUACAAUCAAAAAUUGAAGAUAGACAUUGCGCAGAGCACAAACAAACACGUCAUCUCUGUGCAUGGCGAAGGCAGCGAACCUAAAGUAGAAUUCGUAUCAUCAGUUCUUGAGUUCGGUCCCAUUCUUCCUCAUUCAUUUGGCGACGACAAAGAAGUGACCAUAAAAAAUCCUUCGUUGUUUCCUGUAGAAAUUUAUUCUCUGGAAUUCGAUAAGCUCUAUUUGGAAGAAGAGAAGAUUCUACGCGCGAUGAAGGGGUACGAUGAAUACAACACCAUUCUUUUACCACCAAGGAAAGCUGGUGAUCAACUUCCAUCCGAGAUUUCUGGACAUUAUUACGAGCAGGAGAAAAUGAAGGAACAAAACGAUAAGAAGAAAGCUGAAACUGCCGCAAAAAUCUUUGACGAUCAGUUGAGGAAUAGUCUAGUGGAUAUGGAGACAUCACCUCAUUCAGAACUUUCUCAAUCUGCUCUUGACGUAAAUGGAGCCAAUGAAGAAGCUGUAAAAACAGUGCAAGAGUGUAACGAAGUUUUUAAAGAUUUUGAAGCGGAACAGACAAACGUAGGUGAGCUUGAGAUCACUCCAGUUUCUGCUGCGAUUGCCAACUACAUCGGAAUCGAUCUGUCAGCCGAAGGUCGAGCCGCAAGAAACAGACGUGGUAUCUCCAUUGUGGUUCACGGCGCUCCUUUAUCGGGAAAAACCAACACUGCUAUUCAUCUUUCAAAGAUCUAUAAUGCUGCUUUAUUGAACGUCGAUGCCGUUGUCACCGAGGCUAUACAGUUGGGCUCAACCACUGCAGGUUUACGUGCGCGGGAACUUUGUGCCGCAUCAGCAAAGUCUGUAAAGGAAGCAGAAGAAGGUAAUACGGUACCUGGUGCGCUGAGUAUCGAAGCGGUUGCAGCUCACACGGCGCAGACUUCCGGUCCGACUGGGCUUCAGGGCACAGCAUCCGGAAUCGGGAUGCACUCAACGAUUAAAGAAUCGCGUCGUGCAACCAACUUCUUCGGACCGAAAGGAAGUCAGGGAUCCAAAAAUCAGCAGCCAGCACAGAUGUCUCCACCGACCAGCCCGUCAAUUGUCGAACAGCCCCCCCGUAGAUUGAGCGUAAGCGCCAGUGUUGCCGGGGAGGAUGGCAUGUACUCGUGUGUAUUGCCUGAUGAUCUUCUGGUCGAACUGUUAGCUGAAAGAAUGCAGACAAGUGAUUGUCAUCUUGGUAUCGUCAUCGAUGGUUUGGAGAGUAUAUUUACGCGGAAUAUGCACAGCACGGCGUGUUGUGUACUGCGUGCAUUAAACAACAGGAAAUACAUCUUCUUUGUAACUUUGACGCUGGAGUAUGCGAAACUCAAAGCCAUCGAUGAACGCAAAAAGGAGGAAAUCCUUAAAAAGGAAAGAGAGCAUUUUGAGAGUGAGAAAAAAUGGCUGGAAGAAAUGUCGGAAGACGAAUACGAUGCUUUGAGCGAAGAGAAGAAAUAUGAGGUAGAUCGAAAACGGUUGAAUCAAAAGAAAGAGAGAAUGAAGAAAGAAGUGGAAGAAAAGUUAGAACGGGAAAGAAAGGAGCGCGAACAGUUGGCUUUGCAGGAAGAAAAACGACUCGAGGAGGAACGGGAUAGGAAAGGACGCCGGAAAACAGUUCAACAAUCUUCGCAAGGACGUAAAGGACAGGACUCAAAGGAAAACGAGAGAAAACGAGAUAAGUUAUCCGAUAGGCUCUCAAGCAAUCGCAGCGUAGCCGGAAUCCACGAUCAUUCUGUAGCAAGAAUAACUACAGCACCUUCCGUAAUCUCAGAGAGAUCAGACAGUCUUGAAGCUCAAGGUGAAGAGCGUAAAAGAUGUAGCGUUAUUAAGCUAUCGAAGCGACAAGCGUCUCCCAUGGGUAGUCGACCACCUCCAGUUAUAGCUGUAGAUGAUAAACUUUCCGAAGAGGAUGAAAAGGAUAAAGAACUCGUCAAAAAAUUUCAAAAAUUUGAGAGUUCAAUGCGUGACAUCUCCUUGCUGUUGGAGAACUGGGACCGUUCCACCGGUACGGUCGUACGCGUAGAGACACCUCGCUCUGAAAAUGAGCCUGAGAUCGCUCAGACUGGAUCGAACAAAAAAAUGAGAGAGAAAAAAGGCGAUAAAGAUAAAACGAUAAAAGAGACCAUCUCGUCGCCACACGAUAGCGGGAUUUUCACGGUCAAAGAUGAUGCUAAAACGAUAAACAAAGAUGGUGUUGGUGUUCCUCACGUUAUCUUUGAAACCUCAGCUCCUGGAGAAUCACAGAAAGAUAAACUUUUUUCGUUGACAACGAUGCCGGCAUGUGAUGAGAUUUUGAAUGGGUUAGGUCUCGGCCCUGACGGACCACCUAUACCUCCCCCUGUUGUAUUUUCGGUCAUUCCCUAUCCAGUGCGAAGACAUUCCCCGUUUGCAUCUGAUACGUCCUUGCACUACAUGUUUGUUUCGCCUGGCUCACAUGAUGUGAACGUAUCUGGUGACGAAAAGAUGAGGAAGCCCGAGUCCGAUUUUGAUAAGAAUGAAAAGGAUAACUGUGUUCGUCACAAAGGUGGCUCUAAAACAAGUCGUGAAAAGGAGGAACGAGAAAGUGGCGCAAAAUCAAAACGUGACCGACUAUCGACUAGUGGAAAAGGUGCAAGAAGAUCCUCUGUGAGCACUACAUCUUCGCCACCCCCACAGAUGAAUGACGAUGGCAGAGUAAGUGGAGAUGGUGUUUCUAACGCCAGUGCUAUGCACCACAUGCAUCGUUGGGUUAUCCCUGCGAGUGGCUCGUGCAUACUUCGGAUAAGAUUUAAGUCCGAAGAUUUGGGGCAAUUUGACCAAACGCUGAACUUUGAAAUCGUGGGCACACGUCGUCGCUACCAGAUCUUUUGUCGCGGCGUAUGUGCGUUUCCAUCUAUCAGUCGAGAGCCAAGGAUCGUGUUUCCGAAUCGCAGAAAGAUUAAGAAGCAUGAAGAAAUCAUUCAGAAGAAAUACGUCUUUAGUCACGAGACCUACGAAUUUGGUCCGUUGCUGUGUGGGAAAACCCGGGAAAAGUUCAAGGAAGGUAAAUACCCCGAGAACAUGGAGACCAUAACCAUAUCGAACUCGUCACCGCUUGCUGCCGAGGUCUCUUUUUGUUUUCAACAUGACAACAAUGGCACGACUUUUUUGUUGGAUCCAUCACACAUGAGUUUAGCCAGUGGAUCUAGUGAGACACUCACCUUGUGGGCAUACCCCAAGACAUCGGGAACAUUUGAAGAUGUGUUGGUGUGUUGUGUCCGAGAAAAUCCCGAACCCAUACUUUUCAAGAUCAGUUGUAAUGGCGUGAGACCGGAACUUGAGUUGGACCGAAAACAACUCCCAUUUGAUCGCGUCCUUCUUCAUAGGAAGGAUACGAAGACUGUGUUUCUUCGCAACAGCACACUACUACCAGUGCAAUGGCGCUUGAGUGGCAUGGAGAAUCUCGGAGAUGACUUUUCAGUAGUGACUGAUCACGGUAUCAUUGAACCCCGUUCAGAAUACGGUCUACAGGUCCAUUUCCGAGCUGCUCGACCUGUUACUGUAAAGAAAGUCAUCAGAUUGGAGGUAUCAGAUGUCGAGCAGAUUAUGGGCUUAGUCCAGGCAGAGAACAUUCAAGUAACUGGCGAAGCCUACGAUGUAGCAAUGGAUAUUAGUUUUCCAAAAGGAGCCGACGGCGGAUUAGAUUUCGGUGUUAAAGGUUUUGACGACAGCAGGCAAACCAUGUCUCUUAAGAACAAAGGUCGUUAUGAGAUCAGCUACAAUUUUGUUUAUGAUACCACCAAGUUUGCUAAUGUUAAAGACUUACUGACAAUCAUGCCGCAGAAAGGCGUUCUCAUAUCUACAGAGAGACCGACACAAGUGUCCGUUGUAUUUCGUUCAAGGACCGAGAUCUCGUUUAAAGACGAAACUUUGUUAAAGUGUCAGAUCAUCGAGCCUCACAUUGGCGAUGGUGGCGAAGUGAUUGCUAGCAUUCCAGUUAAAGUCAGUGCUCGGUCUUUGCAUAGUAAGUAUUACAUAUAUCCGGUCAGUGACAUCAACUUUGGUGCGGCUCUCGUUAACACAAAGAAGACGCGCACGUUCAGUAUCGAGAACAAGGGCGUGUUUGAUUUCAAAUAUACCAUCAUGAAAAUGGUCAACGGGUUAACGCGUGCAAAACCCACUGGUCACAUUGCAAAGCGAGAUGGCUCUGGUUCAAAUCGAUCGCAGCAGCCCAAUCAAGUACAAUAUGGCUCUGUGAGCCUCGGAACUGGUGCCAAACCUAGACGAGCGGAUUCAGUAAAAGGGAGCGAAUUUUUUGGAGGCGGUGCGGCUAACGUCCGACAGCAGAUUGGCAUGUUCACUUUGUAUCCUGCAAUGGGCGUCGUACCACCCUCAGGAUGCAUUCAAAUCUCCGUUGAUAUGUUGGGUGAAAAUCCUGGAUACUCUGAAGAGUGCCUAGCCAUUGAUAUCAGCGAUCGCUCCCCAAAUGAUCAUCCACAUGGCAUACCAUACAAGUUGAUUGGUGAGGCAGCCAUUCCCGGUAUAAGUGUGAUUAGCCCGAAAUUCAUUGGUUCAAUUUUCGAAGAACAUCGCGUCGUGCAGAGUCUAGGUCGUUUCCAGUAUCAUUCGGCCCAGCUGGACAGCGGUACAGGUGUUUACGGCGAGCAAGAAAACAAGUUUAUGUUUUUUAACUCGAUCGUCGGUAGGAAAAGUUAUGCGCGAUUUAAAAUUACAAAUCCCAACAAGAUAUCAUGUGACGUGGUGAUCACGGUAAAGGCCUCAAACAGCAAGUCUUCAUCAAAAUGGCAUGACAUCUUCGAGGUGACGCCAAGUCGCGCCUCCAUUGGACGUUAUGGUUACGUCUACGUCACCGUGUCGUUUGCACCACCUGCCAUGCAGGUGUACCACGCUGUAUUUGAAGCAUCCGUCGAUGGUAUAACGGGAGUUGUUUCCAGGUACCCAAGUCUCAACUUUGAUAUUCAAGGCGAUGGCAAUCUUCCACGUGUGAGCAUUCUUCGACCAGCCACCCGCAACAAGUCGGGCAACCUGAUCAUGCUCUUCAAGCCCCUUUUGAUGGGCAUGGUGCAGAUUUUACCUUUAGUUCUUACUAACGACGGAAACUUGGACGCCGAAGUAAAAAUGACUCUUACCGAUCCUGAAAAGUCUUUUGCCAUUACUUGCCGUAAUUUUUCAUCCGAAGAUGAUGAUGAGACCUUGUCUCAUGGUGAAAUUGUUCCACAAGAUUUUCUCUUUCCACUUAAAGUAUCUAAAUGUAUCGAGUUUGCUGUGCAGUGUAAACCUACUUUAACCGACAAAGUUAUCGCGGAAAUUCGAUUCUCUGUACGCAAUAACCCGUACGAAGAAAGUGUGUUACAGUUGUUGGGUGAAGGUUAUAAGGAAGAUGUUAGUGUUGAUAAUAUCGUCAAUGGAUAUGGAGCAAACGAUUUAACGGAGAGCGUCAUUGAUAGAAAUGUUGCCAACCAAUUAUCGUUUGGCGAUUGCGCUGUUGGCAUUGCAAAGAAAUUGUCAUUUACACUUACAAAUCACUUAAAACAUGAUGCUGUAAGAUUCAACUGGUCAACUCCAGAAGGAAUUACAUUCUCGCCUUGCACCGGUCAUCUUCUUCCCAACUGUGCCAAGGAUGUAACGGCGUUCUUUGUGUCUCAUAAACCCAUCAAGAUAGAGAGCCAGCCUGUCCUUUGCAAAGUAACGAAAAUAAAAUUGCCUGAAAAUGAAAGAAAGGCAGUCGACUGGGAUGACCGUAUGAAAAUCGUUAAAUGGGUUGAGGUUGAAAGGCGUAGCACAUCAAGAGAGGAAGGUUUUCUGUCUGCCGACCAGAAAAUCGUUUUAGAUAGAGGAACAAAGAAGAAAAUCUAUGAAAUAGAACCCGAGCCCGCGCACAUCGUCAUAGACGAUCAUCCGAAAACACUGUCACUUAGUGUUAGUGCAACCGUUGACUACGCUUCUUGCGAUUGUCCUGUCAGUUUGAUCCACUUCAAAGACACUCUUAUGUUCCAAACUAGAGUUUACAAUGUCAGUCUUUCAAAUACGUCUGCAGUCACUCUUGACUACUCGGUGACGGUGAUGACAAACGACGAGGCUACUCCGAUCGUAGGCGAUGAUCCACCGAACGGAACAAUAAGUCGAAUGUCUGCUGUACCUCAGGUGGCAACUAUGCCGAGCUCUCGACCAGCAACCGCAAUGACUGUCGUUUUCGAAACCGGCAGUAUGAGCAACUUUCUAUUGGGUGGCAGUGUUCCAUUUACGGUGGAGCCAAGUGAGGGCCGUCUGGUUCCUGGUGAUUCUGUUGAAAUUAGUGUCAAGUUUUCGCCCUUUGAAAUCUCCGAGUUUUCUGGUAUAUUGAAAUUCACAAUCCCGAAUCUCCAUCCCGACGCCAUUCCACCUGAAGUGAAGUUAAGAGGACGGAGUCUCUUACCGUACUGUCAUUUUGAACUUGAAGAGUCAGACUACAUAUCCGGUGGCCGUAGAAACCCCGAGUUGCCUGGCCCAGGUGGGGCUCCUCCAGGAACCACGCUUAAUCCAAACACAAAGGUCGUCGAGUUUCAGUCAUGUGGAGUUAAAGUUAAAGUCGUAAGGGAAUUUUUCAUCGUCAAUCCUACAGAUGCCGAUCUCAACUUCACCUGGACUCGAGAAGACCCGCCUGACCCUCGUGCAACGUCGGUAAACUUCACUUGUCAUCCUAAAGCAGGUUUCAUCGAGAGCGGCAAGAAGACUUUGAUGAGAUUCGAGUACAUCUCAAAUAAUCUCGACCUUACGGAAUCUUUCUGGCGUUUCUUCAUUCAGGAACACAACAUUUCGCUACCUUUUCUUUUAGUCGGUGAUACGACUGAACCAAAUGUAUCGCUGGACCGUUCUCACUUUAAUUUUGGAGAAGUACUUGUAGGUUUUCCAGCACAGCAAACUGUGUACUUGGCAAAUGAAGAAGAGAAGGCAUUUAAUUUUUCAUUUGACGAGGAUUCGUGUCGCACCGAUGCUUAUGCUGCACAGUUGUUUGUCGAACCUAUGUCUGGCUCUAUUCAGGCCAAAUCGAGGCUGCCCAUCAAACUUUGUUUCACUCCGUCAUCUGCGAAAGAAGUGAAUUUCAAUGUAAUCUGUCGUGUGAAGAAGAAGACUGUUCCCCUGACACUCAACGUGAAGGCUGAAGGAUUUGCAAUAGGCGUAUCCUUGAUUUGUGAGGAUUCUCUUGGAAGUAAAGUGGAACUCACAUCAUCUGGUACCAACAGAAUUCAAUUUGGUGAAGUUGAAGUAAAUGAGCGUUGCUUGAGGCAACUGUUCGUCAUCAACAAUGGCAAAUUCAAUUUUGACUUCAACUGGCAUUUAGAAAACAAGAGCAAGUGGAAACACAAGUCCAGCAAGCGAGUUGUUUCAAUUAGUCCUGACAGUGGAACUGUUCAACGUAAUUCUCGUAAAAGAUGCUUGUUAACAUUCUGUCCUCCAGGAAAGUCAACUUUACACGACUGCACGCUUUUGUUGAAGGUUACAAACGGUCCUACGUAUGUCAUCGAAAUCACAGGUUCAGGUCUCCGUCCAGCUUUACAAUUCUUGUUUAAGCGAUGGGACUUUGGUCCUUGCUUUUUGUACCGAGCUGGAGUUGCACCUCAGAAAAAAACUUUGACCAUUACGAACAGUGAUAGUAAAGAGAUAAGCGUUCUUUGCAAAUACGCGAACACGGCCUUUCUCGAAGUGAAAUUCAAGUCUACAGUGUUAGGGCCUGGUCAGAGUGCAAACGUUGAUAUUCUCUUCUAUCCACGAGAAUAUAAAGACUACCACGAGGUUAUCCCUUUCGAAAUCAACGGUCUCUCAACAAUAACUGUUGACGUGUUCGGACAGGGCACCGAGAUUAAGGUGGACGUUUGUAAUCCCGAGGAUCGAAAGAUUAACUUUGGAUCCCUCCGUAUUGGUCAAUCAGUGGAACGCGUUGUGAAACUGAGCAAUAAUAGCGCGGCGACAAUUUCCUUUGUCCUGGCCAUUAUGCCGACAAAGAUGCUUCUCCAAAAUUCACCUGUUCUCACUGUGUCCCCGUCUUCUGAAAUUACGCUUCAACCAAACGGUGGCACCUGCAAUGUGCACGUGGCGUUUACGCCAACUAUGAGAAUUCCACAGUUCACCGAGGAGGUUUUGCUCGAAUGUGUAGGAUUGAGUCAAACGGUGUUUCUUGUCUCUGGAGCGUGUCAAGCCAUUGAUAUCAAACUUGAUAGCAACUCGGUGCCAUUUGGUGCUGUAAUGUUGGGAAGUCAGAGCUCACGUGUUGUCAUCAUGCAAAACCUUGGUGAUAUUGGUGCAAGGUUCUCGUGGAACGUUCAUCAGCUGAGUUCCGACUUCUCUGUACAACCAAUCAAAGGAUAUUCUUCACCGGGAAGUGAGGUUGAGUUUCAGUUGAAGUUUUGUCCUGAAAAAGUUAGUCAGGACCUACGUAGUGAGGUAAGCUGUAUGAUUGAAGAUGGAAAUCCUUUAAAAUUGGUUCUUACUGGUAGCUGUGUUGCUCAAACACCUGCCAAAGAGGUUAUUCACUUCUCGACGCAUGUACGUACCCGCGAAGUACGUAGCAUCAUGUUGAACAACCGCACGAACCUCCUGUGGAAAUUGCGCCCGAAAAUCGAUGGCGUUUAUUGGUCCGGAGCUGAUAUGAUAACAAUUGAGCCGCAGCAGAACAAGAAUUACGAAUUAACGUAUCGACCUCUUGUUAUGACAGGCGAAGGAAAGCGCCAUCAGGGAUCUGUUUUCUUUCCACUUCCCGAUGGAAGUGGGCUGCUGUACAACUUUACAGGAGUCUCUGAGCCACCCAAAGCGAUAAGCAACGUUUCACGUGACGUUCCAUGCAAGAUCGACUAUUCCGAAUUAUUGACCGUUAACAAUUGGCUUAAGAGGCCUCAAAGAUUUCGGGUGGUCAUUGAAAUGAUCAAACCAGAACGACUUGAUGGUUCGACCACAAUAAAAGGUCUUCAAUAUAUUGAUGUUCCAGGACAAAUGAAAAAAGAUUAUAAAGUGGACUUUUUUGCUCACAAAGAAGGCACAUUCAGUGCCAAGAUUAUCUUUAAGAACGAGCAAACAUUGGAAUACUUAUUCUACUAUGUAACAUUCAAAGCGACUUCACCUGGAAUUAUAUCCACCAUCGAACUGACGACUCCUGUACGACAGUCAACCUCGCAUGCCAUCAGCUUGUACAAUCCGCUGACCACUCAAGUCAGUUUCUCAACCGCAUCCACUGUUUCUGAUAUUCAACUUCCGCCCAAUUUCACCAUACCUCCACAGUCGGAGGGUUCUUUUACUUUUGACUAUCUGCCUCUUAAGGCUGGGGAAUCGAGUGGACGUCUCACUCUCUCCAGUUCAGAACUUGGGUUUUACCAAUAUGACCUAAAUCUUAAAGCAUCACGUGCUGGUUCAGAAAACCAAGUGCAUUUUCGCACUUACCUUGGCUCGUCGCAAAGUCACACUUGUCGCUUCAUAAAUUUCUGUAAAUCACGCGUCGAGUAUCUUUGCAAGGUGGACAGUCCUGACUUUCAUGUCGAGCGUUCAAUAACAGCUGCCUCGGCAUCGAGUGGCGGAACUGAGGUCAGUGUCGAAGUGACGUAUGAACCAAGUAGCCUAGGCAACUCGCGCUCUACCUUGCUGGUGACAUCACCCAUGGGUGGGGACUACACUUUUCCCUUAUAUGGUUAUGCUGCUCCGCCCAAACCUCAGGGACCGUAUACGAUAAAGGCUGGUGCAAGUGCGUCUAUCCCGUUCAAGAACGUGUUUUCCCAAUCGACCCAAUUUACCUUUCUCGUGGACAAUCCAGUAUUUAGCGUGAAGUCAUCGGAAACGAUUCGCGCUAAAAAGGUUCAUAACGUUGUUGUCACGUUCGAGGGUAAUCAAAGCAAUGCAAAGACGACGCGAAUGGGUCGUUUGGUUAUUGCGUCUUCUUCCAGUGCUAGUCUUAAUCACAACAUUGAAUGGGUUUACUAUUUGAAAGGUGUUACAGUUUAAACUCUUUUAUUUCAUUUCAUCGUAUUUUUUACGUUUGCUAAUCAUUGAGCAUUUUCCAGUUAUAUACAUCAUAUUGUACUUAUUUUUAUUGAAAAAUUAAAUGAAUUUUCUUAUUCAUUA